AUCUUGAAACUUUAGCAGUGGUGUAUUCAACAACAUCAUAAAACAGACAGAAUGUUCAAAAGCUUGUCUUUGAUUCUGGUCUUUAUUUCAGCUCAUUUAUUGCUCUUGUUAUUGAGGAAACGCUCAUAAUUGAGUGAAUCUGUGUGCUGGCCAGUUCUGCUCUUCACCUGCAGGAAAACUGUGAUGUCAUCAUGAGGAGGAUCAUCAACACUGCGACUCACCAGCGGUUCAGAGACGCUGAGCAGAUCUCGAGCAUGAGCUGAGAUAACCUGAGAAACACCCGAGACAUUCACAUGAUUCAGUCAUCCAACACUCUUAUUGCCAACAGUGUGAGUGGUAAAAAGAUGCCCGUGCCGGUCUGGCUUUGGCAUCUACUGUCUCUUUGGACACUUUUCAGCGUGUCUUUUUCUAAGAGGAAUGGGCCGAACACUGUUGAUUUCUCAGGCACUUUUGGAAACACCCUGCCAUCCGUCAGUCGCCCGGCAAACGCCAGUCAGAUCUUCUAUGGCAUCAUGUUUGAUGCGGGCAGCACGGGCACUCGCAUUCAUGUCUACACCUUCAUACAGAGAGAACCAGGUGGUUUGCCAGUGUUGGAUAAUGAAAUGUUCCACUCUAUGAAGCCGGGUUUAUCUGCCUAUGCUGACGUACCUGAGAUUGCUGGUCACACAGUCCGUCAGUUACUGCGAGUGGCUAAGAAGACGGUUCCUCCGGUGGAGUGGAAGAGAACUCCAGUGGUCCUGAGAGCCACAGCGGGAUUGAGACUGCUGCCGGCUGCUAAAGCUCACGUGCUUCUGGAGGAGGUUCAAGAUGUCUUUGACGAAUCCCCAUUUUAUGUCCCUGCUGACAGUGUCAGUAUCAUGAACGGCAUUAAUGAAGGUAUUCUUGCCUGGGUUACAGUCAACUUUCUUGCAGGUCACCUUUACCCCAACACACAGAAGACGGUGGGCAUUCUGGAUCUGGGUGGAGGAUCGACACAAAUCACCUUCCUACCAAAGUCAAAGAAAACGAUUGAGAGUGCGCCUGCUGAUUAUAUCGCAAGAUUCGACAUGUUUAACUCAACGUAUGAACUCUAUACACACAGUUACCUUGGAAACGGAAUCAAAGCUGCUCGAGUGUCAGCGCUCGGAGCUUCGGGCUCAGAAGGUCUGGAGAGGAAAGUUUUCAAAAGCUCUUGUUUACCCAAAAAAUAUACGGGGGAGUUCAGUUUUGGAGGAGUAACUUACCACGUCAGUGGAAUCACACAAGGUGAGAUGGGAUACAAGACGUGUUAUCAGGAAAUGCUGAAGGUGGUCAGGGGCGUCAUCAAACAGCCACACGAACUGAAAGAAAGUGCGACUUUCUACGCAUUCUCUUAUUAUUUUGAUCACGCUGUGGAGGCCGGCCUCGUUGAUGAAUCCAGAGGAGGUGCGGUGAAGAUCCGAGACUUUAGGAAAAGAGCUAAAGAGGUGUGCAACAAAACUUCUAAACUCAAUCCAGUCAACCACUUCCUGUGUAUGGAUCUCACAUACAUCAUCUGUCUGCUCAAAGAUGGGUUUGGUUUUAAAGAAAGCACCGUUCUGGAGUUAACCAAGAAGGUGAACAACGUGGAAACCAGCUGGGCUUUAGGAGCUACAAUUAACUACUUCCAGAAGUUCAAGAUUCACUAGAAAUACAUUCAGAACCAGCUGUGUGUUUCACAGGCCACCGCAGUUAUUUCUGCUCAUCCACUCGCUAGCAGAAGGGUCACAUUUCACCCCAAAAUCAAAAAAAGAUUUUUACACUUUACACGAAGAAAAUGAAGACCGUGAAGUGCAUUUUCCACCCAAAUUCUUUCAACCAUUUGUCCAGGGGUUUUAUUUUCUUUUAAUUCUCAUUUUAAAACUAAAUAUCAGUGCAGUAAAUGUACCAUAAAUAAGCAAUUUUUUACUACAUUAAAGUUAAUGCAUUAGGUAAUAUGAACUAACAAUGAACAAUAUAUAUUUUUUUUACAGUUAUUAAUCCUUGUUAAUAAAAAUGCAGUUGUUCAUUAGUUCAUGUUAGUUCAUAGUGCAUUAACUGAUGUUAACAAAUGCAACUUGUGAUUUUAAAAAUCUAUUGGUAUGUUCAAAUUACAGUGCAUCCGGAAAGUAUUCACAGUGCUUCACUUUUUCCACAUUUUGUUAUGUUACAGCCUUAUUCCAAAAUGGAUUAAAUUCAUUAUUUUCCUCAAAAUGCUACAAACAAUACCCCAU